AUGAUUAAUUCAGAUAAUGACGACGCUGAAGGGACAUCAUUUUUUAACAGAAAACUUAAAUUUAAAACUGAUAAUUCUAAAGAAAGAAGAAAUAAUAUGGAAAAUAUUAGAUACAUAAGUCCUCGCAAUAGUCCUGAUUUUUCUAAUAAUGAAGUUCCUUUUGAUCUGGAGAAAUCAACUGGAAGAAAAUCAUUUUCAUUAUGUGAAGAUCAUGAUGCGAUCGAUGAUAAAGAGUUCAAAAAACAAAUCAUAAGACAUGUUAUGUAUUUCAAAGUAGAGCUGAAACAUAUUACAAACACACUAACAAAUAAUCACUAUGAAUUGUUAGAGAGAGUACAAUCAAUUGAAAAGUUUCUGGAGGAUAAGCCAACUAAAUUUUAUGAACAAACAAAUGUAGACAUAAACUGUAUGUCCGAUUGCUCUAUACCAAUAGACAAUUUGGUGGAUUUAAACACUUUAGAGGAUAAAACUUUGGGCGAUCAAGAAUUCAAAAAAGCUUUGAUAAAUGAAUUAUCACAUGUUGGAGGGAAAAAUGUAAAAACGGCCGUGAAGAGAAUCAUGUCAAAACUAUUUACAAAUUGUUUUCUUGCGGAAUAUUCAUUUACUGGUAAAAAGGGGAAAAAGAAAUUUUGCGAUUUGUUUAUAUUUCCAAUUAUUUUAAUUAUUAUCAUGUUUGGCAUUGAUAAAACAGAUAAAUUUAUUCAAUGUAUACACAAUAAUAAUUCGAUAUGGGAAAUGGGCUCCAGAGAAUACUCGGACAAACACCUUAAGCUCAAAAGUUGGAUGAACAUCGGAAGCUCUAUGUAUUUAGAUUGGAAUGAGCUGGAAAAAAAUGCAAAAGAUGAACGAGGUAAGGAAAUAACACAUACAUAUUCAUAA